AAAUUUCCCCUCCUCCCUCCUUAUAAAUAACCCUCUACCCGUUGCGCUGCAGCCUCACACACCAUUACUAGGGCAUUAGAGCAGAACAGAGCAGGGCAAAAGCUCCCAAAAGAACCAGUAAAAGCCAAGAAGCACCGAGGGCCGGAGAAGCGUACGUAGUACGUACAGGAGCAGCAGAAACAAUGAGGCCAGGAGCCGGGUUCAACGCGGCGGCGGCGGCGGCGAAGGCCGCCGCAGUCGCACCGGCGGUGGCCGGCAGCGCCGCGGCGCACUCCGCGUGGCACUCGCCGGUGCCGUACCUUUUCGGCGGGCUGGCCGCGAUGCUGGGCCUCAUAGCCCUGGCGCUUCUCAUCCUAGCGUGCUCCUACUGGAAGCUCUCCGGGUACCUGGAGGGCGGCGCCGCCGGGCGGGGAGGCGAGGACGGCUCCGGCGCCGGCGCCGGCGCCGGCGGCGGAACGAAGCCGGCGGCGGGCCUGCCGCCGCCGGUAUGGGAGGAGAAGAUACUGGUGAUCAUGGCCGGGGACGCGAAGCCGACGUACCUCGCCACGCCCAUGUCGAGCAGGGCGUCCUCCUUCGGCGGCGACCGUAGCAGCAGCAAGGGCGUCGACGACGAGGAGGAGGAGAGCAACAAGGAGGUGCAGGCAGACGAAGCCGCCGUGGCCAGCGUCAUGGACGCCGGCGGACAGAAUGGUGGCGAGCACAGUGAGCGCCGGAGAGAAGGAGGAGAUCAGGAGCGCCGCAUUCCUGAGGUGUGAUUUUUGUCUCGGUUUUUGCUUUGCUCGGAGAAGCUGAGCUCGCUUUUGACGCUGGAAAAACCAUCUCCGGCCAGGAGAAGAGAACCCCGACCCGAGCACGAUUUUGGUGGGGUUGUAAUUUUUUUUUGCAAAUGAUGAAGUGGAGAACGGGACUGGUGGUGUGGCUGUAAUUUUGCUGAGUUGCAUGUAACUUCUUCUACGAUGGGAAUGGAUUAACAGCAUGCAUGCAUGCAUGACCAUAUCGAUGAACAGAUCUUUCGCUUGGCUAGCUGUUGUUUCUUAUUGGAGAAAGUUUGUGCUUCUUCUUCUUCUUCUUUUUAUUUUUGCUCAAGUUAUCGAUGGAAACGGGAACAACAGCCAAGCGAAAGAUUUGCUUUCCUUUU